AUGACCAGCAAUACAGAUAUGAUGAGCCCUCCACUGGCUGACUUGCUUGGCAGGAAUUUGAAGAGAACUCACGAAUUAUACAAAUCGACUCACGGAAACCCACUUCCUGACGACCCAAAGAGUCAACGAUUGAAGCUGACAUCAAAGAUCUUGGACGAAUAUGAUCACGUCAAGCAACUACCCAAAGUCAUCCAACAACAAGCUGCUCAGCCAAAACCUAGUGUCGCAACUGGAGUAAAUGGUACUACCACCACUAGUAGGACUAGUACAAAGAUAUCCUCGACAACAACACCUUCACCUUCAACUGAUUUGGGUCUAGCUAGUGGAAGCUCAGUGCAAUCCAUACUAGAUACCAUGCCUGCUGCUCAAAUGAACCAACAAUCAACAUCAUCCAGUGCACUAACAAUACGUUCAGAAGCUGGAACACAUAAACCAAACGCCGCCAUAUACGAUACACAAUCGAAUUCACUCAUAAAGAUAAAGGAACCACGUAAAGUACCCAAACCUGAAUGGCAUGCUCCUUGGAGGUUGAUGAGAGUCAUCUCGGGUCACUUGGGUUGGGUCAGAGCUGUUACUGUCGAUGUUAGUAAUGAGUGGUUUGUUACCGGGGCUGGAGAUCGGGUUAUAAAGAUCUGGGAUUUGGCAUCAGGAACACUCAAAUUAACGCUCACUGGUCACAUAUCAACUGUCCGAGGACUUGCUGUAUCACCAAGACAUCCAUACUUGUUUUCAUGUGGUGAAGACAAGAUGGUCAAAUGCUGGGAUUUGGAAACAAACAAAGUCAUUCGUCACUACCAUGGCCAUUUGAGUGGUGUCUAUGCUCUAGCUCUACACCCUACUCUCGAUGUCCUGAUUACAGGUGGUCGUGACUCGUCUGCACGAGUCUGGGAUAUGCGAACGAAAGCCCAAAUAUUCGCAUUAACCGGCCAUUCUGCAACCGUAACCGACAUCAAAACUCAAGAAGCGGACCCACAACUAAUCACAGCAUCAAACGACACUACCAUCCGAUUAUGGGAUUUAGCAGCUGGUAAAACAAUGACUACAUUAACGCAUCACAAAAAGUCUGUACGGGCUCUAGCUAUGCAUCCCACGGAAUUCUCAUUUGCAUCCGCAUCACCCGAUAAUAUCAAACAAUGGAAGUUCCCUGGUGGUAAUUUUAUACAAAACUUGGAUGGGCAUCAGGCCAUUGUUAAUACCAUGUCGUGUAAUAAGGAGAAUGUCUUGUUUUCUGGAGCUGACAAUGGCUCAAUGCAUUUCUGGGAUUGGAAGUCUGGGUAUAAUUUCCAAACUGCUGAAUCAGCUGUACAACCCGGUUCACUAGAAUCAGAAGCUGGCAUCUUUUGUUCAACAUUUGAUCGAACUGGAUCCAGAUUGAUUACUGGUGAAGCAGACAAGACAAUCAAGAUAUGGAAGGAAGAUGAGAAUGCUACUCCAGAAACUCAUCCAAUUACAAACUGGAAGCCUGCUCUUGCAAGACAGUUUUAA